AUGUCACUGAGACCAGAGCCACUCUGGAACAACACAAAAAACGGUGAAGACCCUCACCUUUUCGAAGACCAAGGACUUCACGCAAUCCAUUAUCUGUUUUGCACAUAUCUUCCUCACACUGACAUUUUCGCAUGUAUCACUCCAGACAUACUACACCAACUACACAAAGGAGUGUUCAAAGACCAUAUUGUGAGCUGGUGCACUACCAUCAUCUCAGAUGCCAAGUUUGAUGCUCAAUUUCAAGCUAUGCCCGAAUUUCACAGUCUCAGUCAUUUCAAAUGUGGAAUCUCGACCGUCUCUCAGUGGACUUGCACCGAGCACAAAGAGAUGCAGUGCGUGGUUUUAGGUGUCAUUGCAGGUGCUGUUGAACCUCAUGUGUUCCAGGCUGCAGGUGCACCUCUCAAUUUCAUUUACUGUGCUCAAUACCAAUCACACAUGGACACAACACUUGCACGAAUGCAGGACACACUCAAUGAAUUUCACACAAACAAGCCCAUCUUUUUUGAGCUCAGUCUUCGCCAACAUUUCAACUUACCCAAAGUCCACUCAAUGUGCCAUUAUGUGCAGCCGAUACGAUCUUUGGGCAGCACAGAUGGUUUCAACUCGGAGAGCCCCAAACGGUUGCAUAUUGACUAUGCGAAGGAUGCUUACCAGGCAAGCAGCAAGGUUGAUUACAUCAACCAAAUGACACACUGGCUCAAACUUCAAGAAGCUGUGUUUCGGCACAGUGUCUACCUGGAUUGGGUCACAUCACAAAGCCAAGAUGUUCUUGACUUGGAUGCCCUUGAUGACGAAGACGACAAUGAUAACAAACAAGACUUAGCAGAUUUGGACACCACAGAUUUGUCAUUUUCUCAUUUAUUCAAUCCCAUCCACUGA